GGUCCCUCAGAGCUGAGCAGUCAAGAUGUGUGACUUCACCGAAGACCAGACCGCAGAGUUCAAGGAGGUCUUCCAGCUGUUUGACCGAGCAGGUGAUGGCAAGAUCCUGUACAGCCAGUAUGGGGACGUGAUGAGGGCCCUGGGCCAGAAUCCUACCAACGCCAAGGUGCUCAAGGUCCUGGGGAACCCCAAGAGUGAUGAGAUGAAUGUGAAGGUGCUGGACUUUGAGCACUUUCUGCCCAUGCUGCAGACAGUGGCCAAGAACAAGGACCAGGGCACCUAUGAGGAUUAUGUCGAAGGACUUCGGGUGUUUGACAAGGAAGGAAAUGGCACCGUCACGGGUGCUGAAAUCUGGCAUGUUCUUGUCACACUGGGUGAGAGGAUGACCAAGGAAGAAGUAGAGAUGCUGCUGGCAGGGCACGAGGACAGCAGUGGUUGUAUCAACUAUGCAGAGCUCGUCCGCAUGGUGCUGAAUGGCUGA